GAACAAGUGACGAGUGAAUUAAUGGAACAUCAUUUAUUUCCAAAAAAAUAUUUCUAUCUCCCCUAACUCGAUAUUAUUUUAAUGUGCCGAUUGAUUGGAAAAUAUCGGAGAUGAAAAAUCCACAAAAUUACCUCACAUGGUCCACAUUUGGCAGAAGGGAGUAAAAGUUGAUGCCAAAAAAAAAUUCGGUGAAAGUGCGAACAAUUUUUAUAUCAUCAAGUGUACAGAUUUAUUGCCAAAUUCCUGUGGAUAAAUGAAUUAAUUAGUUCGAAUGAGCCUGGACGGAGAAAAAGACUCUAAAAAUUCAAGCAUGGUCGACAUCAACUCAAUUAUUGAAGGAACUGUCAAGUUUCGUGAUGGCAAAAAGUGGAAAUCACGUUGGUGUGUGAUGAGAAAGUUAUCACCCGUUGCAGAUUGUCUACAUUUGCAAUUCUAUAAAGAUUCAAAGGAGCGAUAUAAGAAUGGCCCAACAAAGGCUUCAUUAUCUCUUGAACAUUUCCUUGGAAUUGAAUCGGGAUUUACAUUGGAUAAGGAGAGCAAUACAAUAGCAAUUCUAUGUCAAGAUGUGAUUGUUAUUUUGGCAUUUGAUACGAGAGAGAUUUUGAUGCAAUGGCAAGUGAAGAUUUCAUGUAAUUUAGGAGACGAUAUUCAAUAUCUUGUGCUUGUGGCAUCGGCAGCAACAAAAAUUAAAAUUCCACCGGGACCAGCACGACUUCAUAUUCAAAAUCAUCGAUUUUGUAUUACAACAGGCAUUCCCCCAAGACUCUCGGGUUUAUGGAGUCUAGCACACUUGAGACGUUAUGGCGUUGUUGAUAAUCGAUUUUGCUUUGAGGGUGGCUCAUCGAGUGGCAAGUGUGAAGGAUUUGUGGUUUUAAUUACCGACUAUGGAGAUGAAAUUUCUAAUUGCUUUAAAUUAGCGUCACAGGGAAAAUUAAAUAGUAAUAAUCGCUACACGAAACCCAUUGACAGUCCGAGAAAGAUGAAGGAUAAUCAAAGCAUGAAGUGUGAUUGUUCGUCGUCAUUUUGGCCAUCACAGGAAUCGCGUGGAUUGGAAAGCUAUAUUGGAUGUGAUUCUUCGUCAAUCCUUGAUGAUAUUGAUUCCAAUGAUGAAGUCAGUCACUUUUCUAGGAAACGGCUUAUGGCGAUGGAGAGAUGCAUGAGUUGCAGUUCAAAACGUAGUUUAGUACCGACAAUGUCAAGAAGUUCCACAAUAACGGAAUCAAAUCAGGAAAUUUGUUUUGGUUCCUCUUCAUACAGAAGUACAACCUCGAUUGACACACAUCAUCAGAGGAUUUGUGGUAGUAAGCCAGCACUUGAUCGAAUAUCGAUGAAAUCUCAGGAGAGUUGUGGUAAUUUCUCAGAAUACUCAAUACCAAGACAGUUUCCAUUUCAUCCUGGUCAUUCACAUGAAGCAUCAUCAGUUAGAUCAUUUUCUGUGCCACGUCAUGAGCCAACAAAAAGUUUUGUUGGCUCUUAUGAUAACUAUGACUCACCAAAAAUUCUAUCUCCAUCAAAUGAGAAUCAGAUGGAGAAUUACGAUAAGCCAAAGAGUGUAAAAAUGUACCUUGAACAAAAUGCAGGCGGUAGACAUACAAUAUUUAAUGGCGAUCAUGGUAAUUACGAUAUGCCAAACAUACACUGCUGUGCAAACGGACAAAAUCGAUUAAUGAAUGAUGAUAUGAAGACAGAUUGUACGUGUCAUCGUGUCAUGUCAUGGGCAGAUAAUUGGAUGCCAUGUCGACGAGGAACGGGAAUUGAAAAUACAGGAAUACCUGUAUCGAGACUCGUUCCAAACACACCAACUCCCACAUCCCAAAAAGUUAUUGCUCAAGAACCUGCCAAAUGUAAAUUAAAUGACUUUUCGAAUACAGAUAAGAACGGGCUAUAUGCACUCGUUGAUCCAGCAAAGAAGCAACCAAAAAGACUGAAUGAAGAACAAUCUAUAACAUCGUCCUUUCCACGAGCACAAUCUCAAACGCCGAAUGCCAAUUAUGCUAAUUUAGAGUUUGCUAACUCAUUAGAAAUUUAUGAGAACUCACGAGAGGUACUGAAGCGUGAAAAAGCACUCACUUCCAAUGAAAAUAAUAAUAAAAUAUGUAGUAACGGCAAUGCAAAAGAGAAUUUAUUAAAUCAUAAUAAAGAGAAUGAGAAUUAUUUAGUAAUGGAUGUAAAUGAAAGAUCAAAAACUUUCCCCGGAUACAUUUCAAUGCAUCCGAAAAAUUCUAUAAAGCCAAUGACACCUGUAGUUGUGGAAGAACAGAUAGAAGAAGUAGUAGUAUUGCCACCAAGACCAAAUAAUAAACUUAUUUCAAGUAAAAUUUUGUUGAAUUUAGAUGAAAAGUCGCAUAGUAAUCCUGAUCUCAACCGUCCGUCAUUAAAUUUAGAUGAGAAGCAUGAAGCGAGCUCAACAACAAAACUAGUAUUUAAGAAAUCAUCAUCUGUAGAUUCAUUUAGAUUUAUAGAUAAUGAAUCGCCAACAAUUGUCGAAGACGAAACGUCUACGUCAACAUCUACAUAUCAGGACACGACAAAAGCUGAUUCAAUUAUUAAAAAGACAAAGCCAAAUGAACAUAUUAAGGUUGUGAAUGUAAGGUAUGCAGAUAAUGGCUCAAAACAACCGAAUCGCGAUUCAUCAAGCUCAAAUGAUUCUGGUGUCUCAACCGCAUCAACAAUCAUACCUAAACAUUAUAAUGAAUUCGAGUUACCACUAAUAAAUCAAAUCAAAAAACGUAGGCAAUUAAAUCAAACGAAAUCGUGUGUGCAUGCAUCGCUUAUUCGACGCUCUAAAUCAUUCGAUCCAUUUGGUGAUUUAAGUUUUCAAUUUGCGACACGUAAAGGUUUCGGCAAUGGACAUUCAAAUGUACAGAACAAAGCUGGAAAAUGUCCAAGUUUAGGUGCAAUAAUGACGAGUCAUAUUGAUUCAAAUAGUACCAGUAGUGGAACAUCUGAUAUGUCUGAUUAUAUUGAAACACUUUCAUUAUCAAGCAGCUCUUCUGAUGCUGAAGCAUUAAAAAACAAAAAUAAUGGAACUCAUAUGAUCAACACAAUGCGUCCACGUUCCGGAAAGGAAUACGAGAAGAUUGAUAGAUCUACAAUAAGUGGACUGGUGCAGGCAUCAAGUCACAUAAAUUCAAUUUCACCCAUUUCAUCGUCAACAACAUCCUCAUCAAAUCCAAACUAUGUUAAUAUCACACCUGUUCCCGAGAAUUCCGAAUCACCAAGUCCCGGCUACCAAAGCUCAUCAUCGUUUCAAGAGGAAUAUGCUGUGAUAAAAGAACCGGAUGUUGUGGUAGAAUAGAAGGUUAACAAUUAAGUAGCAAGAAGGAGUUUAGAAGAAGCUCAUCAUUUUUUUUAUAUUUAUAAUCAAACGUCUUCGAAGUUUUAACAGUUUAAAGUAUUAUCUCAACGAAAUGUCAUGUAAAUAAAGUCUAUCCUCAAGUCCAGUCCAAGAAUGAUAUUCUUAUGUGUUUAAGGAUAUAAGUUAUAGUUUAUGCUUCUUAGCCAGCAACACAAGAAUUUUAAUUUUCACUUAACAAAAAAAGACAGUAAAUCAAAAUCAGCAAGCAAUAGAAAAUUGAUUAAUUUUGCUUCCAUAAAUGAUGUACAAAACGGAACUACUGCUAUUAAUGACUUACUUGUUAGCUAGCA